UUCACUAAUUGUCCACAUACGCAGUUGAGGAUAGUGCUGUCGAUCAACUGCGCCGCCGGAGAAGGUCUACGGACGGCUCGGCAAGCCGGAUAUACUUACAACAUUCCCACGGUACCAUUUACCUUGCCUGCACCUAAUUACGGUCCACCGGCAUCACCUCCUUCACCGCCAAGUUAUCCCUAUUCCACCCCAUUGCCACCAUCUUCUAGGCCGGAUUAUUCUUAUCCCGCGCCAGCCCCUGCACAGCCGCGUUACUCAUAUCCUCCACCACCAGCACCUCCUCCGCCUCCUCCACCUCCACCAUCUCCCCCUCGUCCUUCUCCAACACCUACUUAUUUACCACCACCGCCGCCUCCGCCUCCGCCACCACGACCACCGCCACCUCCACCACCACCACCACCACCACCACCACCUCCACCACCUCCACCACCGCCACCGCCACCGCCUCCUCCAACACCUACUUAUUUGCCGCCAUCACCACCGCCUCCACCACCGCCUCCACCACCGCCUCCACCACCGCCUCCAUCACCAUCACCUCCACCACCACCGCCUCCACCACCACCACCGCCUCCACCACCACCACCGCCUCCAACACCUACUUACUUACCGCCGUCGCCACCGUCACGGCCACCACCGCCGUCACCACCUCCGCCUCCUCUGCCUCCACCAGUGUCGCCAACCUACUUGCCUGUUUCAACAUCACCUCCGUCAAUACGAGUUUCUACACCAGCGCCAACUUAUCUACCACCAUAUGGUCAGGAAAUCCAACAACUUUCUCAAGCACCCGUCACUUACGCAUCAAGCACCGCAUCUGCAAUGUCGUCCAAUGCGGUUAAAAUAAUUGGACCAGUCGGACCAACGGUGAAUAAUUACGGAGCAUCUAACGCAGCAUCGUUUGCAAGUUCUUCGGCUUCUAGUCCGACAUAUGACUACUCGACAGCGCGUCCCACGACUAUUGGAUACAAUUAUCCUACGUCAGCUCCUCCCGCCAGCUAUCCUGCCCCAGCUCCUCCACCUAGCUAUCCUGCUCCUGCUCCUCCAUUCAGUUAUCCUGCUCCAGCUCCUCCACCUAGCUAUCCUGCUCCUGCUCCUCCGCCCAGUUAUCCUACGCCAACUCCUCCAUCUAGCUAUCCUGCUCCUGCUUCUCCACCCAGUUAUCCUGCCCCAGCUCCUCUACCGAGUUAUCCUGCACCAGCUUCUACUCCGACUUCAAAGUAUAACUAUUCUCCCAUCUCUAGACCCAGUUAUUCUGCAUCCGCUCCUCCACGUAAUUAUCACGUAAUACCACGCCCUGGCCCACGUUAUCUACCUCCAGUCUCCUAG